AAAAAGCACAUACACAAAUAUGUGGCAUGUGUAGAUUUGUAGAAUUGAACUCCAAAUGCUAAAGUCCUGGUAGCUGGUGCUGGUGCUGGAGUUGGUGCUGAGUUGGCAAUCUUGAUGCCCAAGUGUCUAAUGUGUAUAUAAAAUUUCAAGUCUAAGAUCAUCAGCAAGGACAUAAUCAUUGUUGAUAAAUUUAACUGGACUGUCUACUGUGCACUGAUGUACUUACGUGCUAAAUUGUCAGUAAAAUUAUUUAUAAUAAAUAAGGAAAUAAAAUAAAGUAACAAUGGGCGGCCAAAAAUUUCAAUAUGACGAAAGUGGCGGAACAUUUUUCUAUUUUUUAUUAUCAUUCCUCGCCCUUAUUCUCGUGCCAGGAACUUAUUACCUCUGGCCACGCUGCCCUAAACCAGAUGCUGAGCAAUUGUCAAGAGAAUGUCAUUGUCCUAGGUGUAAAAAGAAAAAAGAAAUAUUGUCAUCAAAUGACUUAUGGAAGGCAACCAGAGCGCGUUUACUAAAAAUUUUUAUUAUUUUAUGUUGGGUCGCACUAGUAUUUUUAGCUUACAAAGUUUCACAGUAUGAUGCUGAAAUGGCUAAUUUUGAUCCUUAUGAAAUUCUUGGAGUCUCAUCGGGCGCAUCUGAAAGAGAAAUAAAAAGGGCGUAUCGUAAAUUAUCGUUGAUACUUCACCCUGACAAAGAAACUGGAGAUGAAAAAGCAUUUAUGAAGCUAACAAAAGCUUACCAAGCGCUGACUGAUGAAGAGGCUCGUAAAAACUGGGAAAAAUACGGGAAUCCAGAUGGACCUGGUGCUAUGAGCUUCGGAAUCGCUCUGCCCUCGUGGAUCGUCGAGAAAAAAAAUUCGGUGUGGGUACUGGGUCUCUAUGCGAUGGUUUUCAUGGUCGCGUUGCCUACAGUUGUCGGCAUGUGGUGGUACAAGAGUAUCCGGUACACCGGUGACCAAAUUUUACUCGAGACAACUAAAAUUUACUAUGCGUUCUUCAAUUCCCAACGGCUGACAACUUUGAAACGAGUUAUUAUGAUUCUCGGCGCUUCUAGUGAGUUUUCAAAAGAUUCUAAUCCGGAAAUAGUUAUACGGCAGUCUGAUAACGAAGAAGUACCUUCACUGAUGAAGAAAAUUCAAAAUUUAGGAGAGAAAAAUAAAGAAUUUCCACUGUGUCGUAAUUAUUCUCUGAAAGCGCGAGCUAUUAUUUACGCUCAUUUAUCGCGUAUUCCAUUAAAUCCGGAGACACUGGAACAAGACCGUCAAUAUAUUAUUAAAAAAUGUCCUUAUUUAAUUCAAGAAAUGAUCAUGUGUGUCAAUCAAUUAAUAUUUCUGGCUUACAGUGGUCGCAUCGCGUGUCUACCGACGAUCGAGACCAUCGAGAAUUGUAUGAAAUUAAGUCCGAUGAUAGUUCAAGGAUUUUGGGAAUUUACUAACCCGCUUUUACAAUUACCGCACAUUGAAGAGGAACAUUUGAAACAUUUUUCGGGUAAAAAACGCAAAAUUAAGACACUCCAGCAGCUAGCACAAUUAAAAGGUGAUGAGAGGAGACAAAUUUUACGUAAUUUGACUGAUGAACAGUACGAAGAUGUUAUGAGAGUACUUGGAAACAUGCCUUAUGUUGAUUUUAAAGUUCAGUCAGAAGUUAUUGACGACGAUAAUCCAACGGUUUACACAGCGGAAGCUGUAGUUACGGUAACGGUAACUCUGUAUCGCAAAGACAUGCGUCAUUUAUUUGGCGACGAGUCAGUGAAAGAAAAAACGGUCGAAGAUGACGAGGACAAGGACAGCAAUAAUGAGGAAGCAGAACCUUCGUCAGCGAAGUCGGCUCUCUGGCGUAAGCAGAAGAAAGGCACCAAGAAGACGCGCAAUAAAAAACAGCAGCGAGUCACUAAGAAAACUCCGACAACAAAACAGCCGGUCAAGUCUGAAAAGUCACCGAACUCAAAAGAAGCUUCGGAGAGUGAAAAAACUAAUCAGGAGAAAGACAAAGUUGAGAAGAGUGAUAAGAAUGAGAGUGAUAAAUUGGGCAGAGAGUCCAAUGGAAGUGAGAGUGAAGCUGAGAGUGAAAAGAGCGAAGAGGAAACGGAGUCAAAGGCUGAAGAAAAGAAAGAGUCCUUUGAAGAUGAGGAUGACGAUGAGUGGGAAAAAUUCCAGCAGAGGAUGAACAAGAGGGAAAAAGUGCUGGAGGGAAGGAGUAAUUUGUCCCAUGAAGUCCACUGUCCGCUCUUUCCUGAUGUUAAGCAGGAGUACUGGUGGGUUUAUAUUUGCGAUCGUAAGUCGCAUACUUUAAUUACCACGCCGGUUCAUAUUACCUCGCUGGUGGACAAGGAGGAGGUACAAUUAAGAUUCACGGCUCCCAGUUGGCCCAGAGUUUACACCUUCUCAGUUUGUUUGAGAAGUGAUUCUUACUUAGGAUUCUACCAGACCCAAGAUAUCAAGCUGGAUGUCAAAGAAGCGCCAGCAGUACCGACACAACAUCCGCAGUGGGACAUUUCCGACGAAGAAACUGCUGAAGAAGUUGACGUCGGCGAUGAACAUUCCGAGUACACGACUGACGAAGAUGUCAGCGAUAAUGAAUAAUUAAACCAAUUACAAUAAAAAAAAAAAAA